AACACUUUCUGAAUGUCUCCAUUGGAUGACAUUGAAUAUACUUAUCUAAUCAAAUUACAAGUUAAUCAAUAAUCACUAGGAAAUUUCUCUAAGUAUUACCUAUUCUUCAUAGUUAAAACUACCAUUUGUUGCAAUCAGAUAAAAAUUAAUUUUUGCGUGUCGCGGAAUGAAAAUUAAAUGUAAACAAAAUCAAAACAACUAACCACAGUGGUGCCUAAUACAUAUAACAUCACUUCCAAUCACAGGACUUACCAUCAGAUAUGAAGAGGUAUUCUAUUGCUCCGUCAUCAUCAAGGAGAAAAUCAACGAUAAAGGCCAGUUUUGGAGAAGAUACUGCGGCUGCUCGUGAAGAAUUAGAACGAUUGGAACAAGAAACUACUUUAGUAUUACAAGAAAUCGAUAAGAAUAUAUCAAGAGGGAAUGCUAUCAUCAAUGAUCGAUUAAUACCUAUCAUUAAGGAUUAUUCAGUGGAAAGUAAAAAAGUAUGGGAUAAUGCAGGAUUCUGGAAAUUCUUCUUUGAACAAUCUGCUAAUGUCGAAUUAAAUAGUUAUGAAGAUCCUAUUAAUUUAAAUACUGAAUUGAAUACAAUUACUAAUGCAAGAAAUAAUUUAUUUAAUGAUGAUGAUAAUGAUGAAGAAGAUAGUGAAGUUGAAAUCGACCAUAAUGAAAAUAAUAAAGAUAUAGAGACUGGUGGAGGUCAAUUCCUUAAACCAAUUCUGAAACCAAUACAUAUUGAAGAAGAAACUCCAACUUGGUCAACUGAACAAUCGAAAGUACAGCAACAACAACAACAACAGCUCCUUCAACAACAAAGACAAAUCCAAUCAUCAUCCACACCUCAAUUACAUAAACGUCCAUCAUCCUUACUUCCUGAAUAUAAUAAAUUGGCUAAGAGAUAUGAUUCAAAUGAUAGUUUAGGUAUACAAAACCCUCCUAGUUUAACUGCUAUUGAUUCAUCAAAUUCACCUAUAAAGAAGAGAUCAUCACCAGGUAAAGUCCAAACUAUAAGACAAUCCCUUGAUUCAUAUCAUAGAGUUUCAAUAUCACCUAAAAAGAGUUGGUCAACUCCAGCAAAGACAGAUCUUGAACAUCAAAAUAAUAAACGUUCAUCAAUGAUUCAAGAAUUAUUAUCAUCACCAACCUUACCUGAACCUCCUGUAUUACAAUCUGAACUUGGUAAUUAUCCAUCAUCAUCCUCAUCGUCGCAUCGAAGUACUAGUAAAAGUCAAGAACCUAUCGAUGCAGCUCGAUUUUCACCUAUAUUGGUUGAAUCCGUGUUUUCCCCUGAAAAGAGAAAACGACAAUCUGCUUCACCUCAAAAAUCAAGAGAAAAUACAGUUCAGAGAUUCCCUACAACUCCAAAGUUUGCUGAACGAUUAAGUGGAGGAGGGAGUAGUGCAAGAGCUGGUGAUCGUGCUAAUACUCCAUUACAAUUAAGAUUUGGAACUGGAGAUGAAGAAGAUAGUGACAUUCAACCACCAGAAUUACAAAAUAUUGCUUUAACUACUACUACAGAUACUUCGAGUGAUAGGAAUCCAGGUUUACUUGAUAAUAUACCGAUUCCAGAAUUAGAACCUGUAGAUUCAAGAAAGAGAUUUGAUGAAUCGGUUGAAAAUAGUGCACAUAAAAGAUCAAGAUUAUUAGAUGUAGGAGAUGAUGAUGAUAAUGUAUUUUUAGAUAAUGUUUCUAAUAAAUCUGCUGGUUCAACUAUAUAUCAUUCCUUAACGCAAAAGGAAACCAAUCAAUCUCGAGAUAAUACCAAUCAUUCCCAUCAAUCUCAAUCCCGAUCUCUUUCUCAAGUCUUUGACGAUGUGAUUUCGAGAAUUGCUAAUCGAUCUGCAACAUCCCCAGCAGCAGCAGCAGCAGCAGCAGCACAUGAAGCACCAGCUACUGCAACUACAUCCACCGAGGUUCAUGAUUUAUUUAAAGAGGUUACAUCUACAUUAGAUGAUUCAACUACCCAAUUAGAUAAUACUGAAAACACGGGGGAUUUAGGACCAUUACAACAGAGAUGGAGAAAUAUAAAUGGGAAGGAUUAAAUGAAUAGAUAAGAAAUAACAGUAUAGUAAUAAUAAUAAUACAAAAUC